AUGCAUCACCCGCCUGAGCACCCUGUGAUGGGUGCAGAGGCUGUGUCCCAGGCACCACCUUGCCCUUUAACACCCAUGUCCCCUUGCUCUGGCAUGGUCAGGGCCACCGUGGGACCGUACGGGCAGCGCCUUGGACAGGUAUGCGACUGGAUUUGGUCCCCUUCGACCAACUGCAGUGGUGCAUUCGCGACGGCACCCACUGUGUCCUCGCCGCCCCGGCCCACGGGGGCUGUCCCCGGUGGGUGGGCUGCGUCCCGCCCCGAGAGGGCUCGGGGUGAGGAGUGGGCAGAGGGAGCGGGGGAAAGGGGGUUUGCAAAACGGGGCUGUGGCCGUUCCUUGACGCUGCCCGUUAUGCGACGGCGUCAGUCAACUGUGGACACAGUAUUUCCAAAGGGAGGGAGCCAGAGGGGCCAGAGCUCCGCCAUCAGCCGCUGGAAUCCUCUGCGCUGCCCACAGCACCGCGCUGCCCGUUGGCAUCAUCAGAAACGGCGGAGCUUCCCCGGUCCCGACGCGUUGGGAAGUGCCCCCCAGAGCCCCAGAGACGAUGGCAGAGGAGUGGCACUUGUUGGUGUCCCGGUGGCCAUCGGUGCCCUGGGGUUUACAGCAGCCGGCAUCACCGCUGGGUCCGUGGCUGCCAAGAUGAUGUCGGCAGGCGCCCUAGCCAACGGGGGGGGAGCUGCGGGUUUAUCUAUUGCUGCCAAAAUUGGGCUGACAUCUGUACUGGGGUCACUUGGUGCAGCAGUCGUAUCCAAGCUGUUUGAACAGCGGCUAUCCCCGUGCGAACCCAGCUCCCCUCAAAUGGUGGUAGGAAACUGUCGGCAGUGCAACACCUCUUUCAUCCCAAAGGGCCGUCUCUGCCCGCUGAGGCUGCUCUGCCCGCAUAGGCGCCUGCCCGGCUGUGGCUGCACCACCACGGUUCGCAAUAAGUGUAAACCACCUGCACCAUCGGGGCCUUAA